AUGCGUCGGAGCAAUGUAGAGUUUGUGUUGGUUAGCAAUGAGGCAUCUGCGGGGUUCAUGGCUGAUGUUUGCGCCCGGUUGACAGGCAAACCGGGCGUGUGUUACGGCACUUUUGGACCCGGUGCCACGAACCUGAGCACAGGAAUCGCAAACGCGCUAUUGGAUCGCUCUCCGGUACUUGCCUUGACCUCGCAGGUUCCAACGGCGAUGCGGACGCGGGUGACUCAGAUGAAAAUCGAUCAUCAGGCACUGUUUGAACCGAUCUCGAAAUGGACUGCGGAGCUUUCCGUGGACAACCUGUGCGAAACAGUAGUCAAAGCUGUCGAUAUUGCUUGUCAAGAGGUUCCGGGUCCUGUCCAUCUCGGCAUCCCGGCAGAACUUGGAGAAACGCCUGUCCCAGAUUGUGAGGGUGCUAUCAGCGACGCAAUCGGUCAUCAACGCCAAGCCAUUGCGCCUACCGUUGAAUCAAUACAGCAGGUAGAGCAGCUGAUGAGAUCCGCCAAAAAGCCGAUUAUCGCGUUGGGUUUGAGUGUGACGCGCGCUGAUGCCCAAGCAAUCGUGAACCAAUUUGUGGAGAAGCAGGGAAUCCCUGUUAUCCUCACACCGAUGGCGAAGGGAAUAGUUUCUGAAGAAAGUCCGUACUACGCCGGUGUCCUAUUCCACGCCCUCUCCGAUCAGGUUGCGAAAACACACGGCGAAGCUGAUCUGGUCAUCGGUAUCGGCUACGAUGUGGUGGAAUUCAACUACGAGGAGUGGUUGCCAAACGCCCCGAUCAUUCAUAUUGAUACCGUUGCUGCCGAUAUUGAUCCCAGUUACGAGGUCUGUGAGGUUAUCGGUGAUAUCCGCCAAACGCUUGAGGCGAUGCUGCGCUUCCCAAGAUUUGACUACGACUGGUGUGUUGAGGAACUCCAGGAUCGCAAGAAGAGGUUGUUUGCCAACCUCUCACCCGAUGUGCCAAAUUUCUCACCGCACCAUGCCUUGAAACAUCUUGCGGGAGGUGCUCCCUGA